GUAGUGCCCAAGUGUAUGCGAUGAGGCGUCGAUUCGUGUGAACCUUUUUGUGCCGCGAGUGAAUAGAAGAAUGAUGACGGGCGCGAUCUGCGGGCUCCUGCCAGGGGAAUGCCAGUGGCAGCGCCGUUGAGCCGCUGAGCCGGGGGCGGGGGCGAUGGCGGCGGCGGCGACGGCGGCCGCGCCUGCGGUGUCGCCGAGCGGGCCGGGCCAAGCCUUCUCCAGCGCCAAGGGCCUGCUCAACGCGCCGGGCCAGAACAACUGCUUCCUCAACAGCGCCGUGCAGGUGCUAUGGCACCUCGACAUCUUCCGGCGCAGCUUCCGGGAGCUGUCCGGCCACGCGUGCAUGGCGGAGUCCUGCAUCUUCUGCGCCCUCAAGGAGCUGUUUUCGCAGCUGCAGUUCAGCCAGGAGAGGGCCCUGCCGCCCGACGCCCUGCGCAGGGCCUUGGCCGAGUCCUUCUUCGACCAGCAGCGCUUCCAGCUGGGCUUCAUGGACGACGCCGCGGAAUGCUUCGAAAACAUUCUGCUGCGCAUCCACUUCCACAUUGCUAGUGGAGAAGCAGAAGACAUGUGCAAUGCACGCCACUGCAUUCCUCAUCAGAAAUUUGCUAUGACUUUGGUGGAGCAGAGUGUAUGUGGUGCUUGUGGAGCAACGUCAGAACCUCUUCCCUUUACCCAGAUGGUGCAUUACGUGUCUGCUUCAGCUCUCACAGCGCAGGCUCGCCAGAGUUCAUCUGCUGUCCAUUCUGAUCUUUUUGGUCAGCUCUUGCGCAAAGCAGGGGGAAUGGGAGACAUUCGUGACUGUCCUAGUGCGUGCGGAGCAAAAAUUCAGAUUUGCCGAACACUAAUGAACAGACCAGAAAUUGUCUCGAUAGGAGUUGUGUGGGAUUCUGAACGACCUACCCUUGAUCACAUUAUGGAUGUGUUUGCAACAGUUGGCACCUCUCUCAGUUUAUCUGAUGUUUUCCACAGUGUUGUGGAUCACAGAUGGGCUGCGUCCACUUCUCACUCACUUGUUGGUGUUGUGACAUACUAUGGAAAGCAUUAUUCUACAUUCUUUUUUCACACAAAGUUGCGUGUGUGGAUCUAUUUUGAUGAUGCUAACGUUAGAGAAAUAGGCCCUCGAUGGGAGCAGGUAGUGGAAAAAUGCAGAAGAGGACGUUAUCAGCCUUUGCUGCUGUUGUAUGCUGUCAAAGAUGGCACCCCAGUGUCAACAGAAGGUGCUCCAAAAAGUGUUAUUCCAGUAACUUCUGCCUCUCCAAAACACAGAGAUGCUUCCUUUAAGGGCAGGCCAUUUACUGCCCCUGCUCAGACCCCAUCUACCCCGUUCCAAGGGCCCAUUCUCCGUAGGUCUGUGACUCCCAGCCCAGAGAAACCACCUCCACCAGCCAAUGGCAGCUCAGCUGCUCCUCGACGGGCCAUCACUCCCAACCCAGAAGGCCCUCAUCACCACUACAGCGUUCAAAGGCCCAUCAUAGCCAAACCAUACAGUGAAUACCAAAACUUGAGUGAUAUUCAAGAUGUGAUAUUCAAUGGAGAAAAGAAGCAGGGUGUUGACUCUGUGGAUGGUGACAUUGGAAACAAUGAACCCAAUUAUAUAAGUAGAAAGGCAGUUGAAAAUGUUCUUAGCUAUCAACAGAAGAAGCAUCCAGCUGUUCAGAGAAGUAAUAGCGGUGGAAGUUUUCCUUCCCAGGGAUCACCAUCAUUUACAAACGGUUCAACUGCAGAUGGUAUUUCCAUGCCAGAACAUUUGAAUAUUCCUAGACGCAGAGAUUCUGGCAACUGGAGUGGUGAUCGAAACAGUGCAUCAUCGUCAUCAUCCACUUCGAUGGAGAAUCCAUAUUUGUACAUUGUAGGCAAAGUCCAAGGGCGUCAGGCACAAUCUGUGGUUCCUCGUAGCCCAACAAGUUCCAGCAGUGGAGGUCCUUAUGAUGCUGGCUAUGAUUCGUACUCCCUGUCCUCGACUGACAGCUUGCCUUUGCAGCAGGGUCUCAAACACAAUUUGCAGCUGGCACAGAUACCAGAAGGUCUUCAGACUGGUGUGGUGGGUGGAUCACAUCAAGUACGAGUUCCUGCUCCCUACCCAGGUCAAACUGUUGCCCCAGCAAUGGUAGAAAGUGAUUGUGAACAGCUUUGUCUUGAGGCUGAUCAAUUGUUGGACAAGUCUCGUGCUACGGAAGAGGCUUGCGACCUGGAGACUGCCCUUGUGCUUUGCCAGGCAGCAGCUACAAAGGCCCGAGCAGCCCUUGAUGCACCUUACAACAAUCCACAGACCUUGACAUUUGCUCACAUGAAGCACAACACGUGUGUGAUGAGGGUGCGAAGUCUGCAUCGCAGACUUCUUCAGUGCCAACAGGAGCAAAAGACUGUUUCUUUUGAAAAAGAAGAUGGAGCUGUUGAGGUGCGACAUAGUCGAGAGGGCAGUGGUUGCAGUGUUCGCAGCUCUGGCAGCAAAGGAAGUGGGCAGCACUCACGCCAGAACUCACGAGACAAAGGCACUGCGCCUCAGCAUGUGCAGCAGAAUGGCCGUGAACUUUUGGCUCAACUCUCAAACUCUGGGUCGAGUGAAAAACCAGCAAAAAGUAUUGAAAUAUAUGCUACUCUUCCCAAAAAGAAAUUUGGAACCAGUGUUCGCAACAGCAAGACCACUGAAGGUAGCAAUAUUGUGGAAGACGAAGAGUACCUGCUGUACAAUAGACCAGGACGGGAAAGGAAUUUACUUUCCACUCGAAGUAUCACUAGCCGCAAAAAAGAUGAAGAUAAAACAACCAGGGAAAAGAGAGCCAGAAGUGAGGAACGUAAUAAAAAUAGCAGAGAUUAUUCAUUACUUCCCAGCACCAGUCCUUUAAGUAUGGGGAAGGAAAAUUCUUCUAAAAAGGACAAAGGAAAAGAUGAAAGUAAGAAACCGUCAGCUGCUGCCACUUCGGAUGGAAAACAAGGAAAGAAGCAACACAAAAUUAGAAGGAAGUUGCUGAUGGGAGGCCUCAUUCGCCGAAAGAAUCGGUCAAUGCCUGACCUUCGAGAAGGUCAAGAAGUUGGAGCUUCUCCACGAGGCCUUGAAGGAAAUGAUUCCAAAGGAAUUCCUGCUUUGGUGAAGACAUCACAAGAUGACAGUAGUGUUGGUUUGAAAGGUGCAGAAAAAGUAACUACUGGAACCCUUAGUGGUUAUUUGUCUGAAGGUCAUUUAGAAUACACAGGUGGUGGAAAUCCAAACCUUGAAAGGAGUCGACUUAUGAGGAAGAGCUUCCAUGGAAGUGCUGGGAAAGUUUUACAUGUAGCCAAAGUACCACCUCCCCCACCGAUAAGGACUACGUCACAGCUAUCUACAAAGGCUUCUACAGAUGCUGGACAAGAACAAACUGGUGAUUUGGCGCAUAGAACACAAAAUUUGCUUACUGGAGAUGAAACAGCAAAUGAUAAUCUUGGAAAUACCCAUAACUCUUAUUCCAACUUCCAAAGAAGUAGCAUUCCAUCCAGUGAUAGUCUCAAAGGAAAUCACAGUCCAUUAAGUCCGAGAAAUUCCAAUUCCUACAUAAACAAUUAUGCUUUAGAAGCACAAUCCUUACCUUAUCUUCCUUCUUACAAUGUUGAAGUGAAACAAUCUCAUAAUGCUGAAGGAAAUCAACCAAGAGGGCAUGGCGAAGUUAUUAUGUAUGCAAAUGGUGGAAUACUUUUUGAUAGGCAAAGUAACCAAAACAACAGACUAAUCACUCGAGCAGAAGUACAUCAUGAACAAAAUGCAAAUGUGGUGCACAAUGGUUUAAGCAGAUCACAAUCUCUUCCAGAAAGUUCUUCCGAGCAAGUUAUUUCUCAUCAAAAAACUUUCUCUAAUGAAAGCUUGUCCCAGACUUUGCCUCUUCCUCCAUAUCCCAGUCCCAUCAACUCUGUGUCCCAUUCUCGGCAGCCUAGCGAAGACUUCCCCCCUCCACCUCCCCCGUUGGAAACAGCCCUUGGGCCAGAGGCCUUCAACCUCCAUGUGAACAUUCCCCCUCCCACCCCAGGUGCUCAGCAAACUAGUCCUAGUGGACUUCUAGCACAAUUGCAAGAGAAACGGAUGCAAAUAAUGGCAAAAGAAUGUGUAAUGCCUGAAAGGGAAACAGAAGGAGAUGAUGCGUUGUCCUCUAGUGGAAAGUCAGGAGAGGAAUGGCUCAAAGAACUUCAAGCUAAACAGGCUGAAAGGAGAUUAAAGAAAUUACACAGUGGUGUAGUAGGCUCAUCGUCUAAAAAGUCUGGUCUGGAUUCUUCACAAGGUUCCAACUGUGAUGCUGGUGAUAAAAAGCCUUCAUCUGUGAAAGAUUUAGCUUCUCGCUUUGAGAACAUUCAUAUCAGUUCUGGUCCUACUACUAAACAAACCAGUAUUUGUGAGGCUGACAUCAGACUUGCCAGAAACACAUUGAAUGCACCAGUGAAAUCGAGUUCUGUCUCCAAUGAAGAAAUGUGUAUGGACCCUGUGCUGGAGCAGGAUACUUCCUUUAUUCAAGUUCCACCUGGAAUCAGUAAUGGUCUUGGUGUAGAACACAAUAAUAAAUUUUUGCUGAGUUGUCCCCCAAAUCUAAGAGAAAAUAGGUCUGAUAAUGUAUUUGACACUGGAGUGCUGUCUGUUAAGAAACGUAGCAGUAAUGGAACAUCCUCUCUUGAAUGUUUAUUGUCUGGAACAGAACUGGACUCAACAGAAAAUUCAACUUCUGUUAGUAAUCAGACUGAUACUGUAUCUGAUAUAGUAAAUAUAUCAGCUGAUUUAAAAGAUAGUAAGAAGAGAAAUGGAAAGAAGAAAAAUGUAACUUUUUGUGAUCAGGUUAUCCUUGUUGCAACUGCUGAAGAUGAAGAAGAGGACAACUACAUUCCCAACCCAAUUCUUGAAAGAGUUUUACGGUCUGCCUUUCACAAGCAGGAGACUCCUCAGAACUCUGAUGUGCAGAUAGAAGUGAGAAGUCUCCAGGGCAUGGAAUCUGAACAGCAGCAGCAACAACAACAACCACAAACGCAACAGUUACAACAACUACAGUUACAACAGCAGCAGCUACAACAACUACAACAGCAUCAGCUACAGCAGCAACAGCUACAACAGCAACAGCUACAACAGCAACAGCUACAACAACAUCUACAACAGCAACAUCUACAACAGCAACAUAUACAACAGCAUCAGCUUCAACAGCAACAAAUGCAACAACAACAGCUUCAACAACAACAACAACAACAACAACAACAACAGCAACAACAUUUACAAGUUCAACACCAAACUCAAGUUAAUCAUCAAAUCCACUCCCAACAUCAUUUCUCUCAAACAUCUCAAAAUCAGCAGCAAGUACAUGGCCAUCAUCUUCAGAAUCAACUGCAGCAUGUACAGCCUCAACAUCAGCAAAACCCACAAAUGGUUCACAUGCAACAUCCACCAGCACAUGGACAGCCCCAUUCUUCUCCUAAUGCUGCUACUCUGGGGCAGACACCCCAACACCAGGACUACCAUGCUUCUGCAGUCUCAAAUGGGUCUUCAUUUGCAGCAGAAUCAAGACCUGCUCAGUUAUAUCAGUAUUCAUCUCCCCACCAAGAAACCAGGGUUCCUGGUAACCCAGGGUCUUAUCAUGAAGUUUCUCGUAGUGUUCCUCAUACACAAGACUCUCGGACAGUUCACCCUGGAUAUCAGUAUUCCUCUGAAAGUGCUAGAGUUCCUCAACCACCUUAUCAGCAUGUGCCAGAGAAAUUGCGAAAUUCACAACCUUACACUCACCCACCUUCAAAUCACCAUGCUUACCAUCAGCUACAAAGAUCCGUUGCAAGUCACCCACAGCAAAGUAAUAGUUCUUAUUUGGUUCACCAGCAAAUUAACGGCCAUAAUAUGUUAAAUUCUGCUAGUCACCCAUAUCACGAGAAUAAUCAAAAUUCACAUGACACUCUCCAAUUAGGGAAUCACAGUUCAGGAAAUAAUCAGUAUCAACAGUUUGUGCCUUCUUCACAUCACCCAAUUCAUAAAGAAAUGAAUGGGAACCAACAGUAUAUCCCAAAUUCAAUGCAUCAUCAUCCAAAUCAACAUAUAGUACCUGCCCAUGGCCCUUCUCGAGAAUCAAGUGUUAACAGUCAGCCCUUAAACCCACCUUUCGGUCAAAGUGCACCUUCUCAGCAGCACCCUGCCCAACCACCAACAAUGCAACAGCACCCUGGCCCUCAUCCAGGACAGCAACACUUGAUGCAGCAACAUAUGGGGCAAAACCUAGCACAGUAUUCUGGCCAUGCAGCGCUGCAACACCCAGCCCAACAGCUUGCUCCUCAGCAGCUGCCCUCUUCACACACCCCGUAUCAGAGGAUACCUCAGCCCCACGGACAAAACUUUGCUCACCACGAAGGACCUCCAAAGCACAAUGCAAGUCAGGGCCUUCUUCCGGAGCAGGUGCACUCAGCGCAGCAGCAGCCAGGGGCCCCGCCGUACCAGCCUCCCCCUCCCCCAUGGGCUGCUGCAAAGACAGUGCAGUACAAAGGACAGCCAGUGGCUGCAGAUCACCCCAGGACCACUGCAAGGACAGUGUCGUGUCACUUGUGUCACAAGAAACAAGUAGUUCCUCCUGUGGUGUAUUGUACAGAUUGUGAGUUUUAUAUGUCACGUUUCCGUCCAAGAACUUGAGUGAAUUGAAGAAAAUGAUACACUGUCACAGAAUUAUGUACGUAUCCUGUAGAUUUGUAUUUUGUUAUAGAAAAGGAAAUAUUUAUAAUAAGAGUUUUUUAUCACUAUAAUGUACAUUAUUGCAUUUUAUGAUCAUUCAGUAUUGUUGUUAUUAAAUCAUGUAAAUUACAUUUUUGUUUCCUGGCAAAUGUACAUGAACAUGGCAUACAUUUUACUUAAUCUUUUAUGUAUUUAAUGUACAUGAAAUGUAAAUUUGAAGGAAAAAUAUGCAAGUACAAAUUAUAUAUUUUAAUUUUUACAGUUUGGUAUUAUCAAACUGCUGACGAUCCUAUAUUCUGAUAUUAGAAAAUGAUUAUUGUAGUUGAUUGUUACACAAGUGUGUGUGUGUGCAAAAUUUUGUUUUAGUUGGAAAUAUUCAUUGUUGACUUUCAGACUCUCUAAGAACAUUAUAAAAUGUUGUGUGUGAUAUAUUUCUGUACAAAAUAUGUGUGUAUAUAUUGAGUGUUACAUUGUGAUCUCAUUAAUGUAGGAUAUAUAAUAAUUUUUUACAGUAUUUUUGUUAUUGUAAAUUUGUUUCAGAAAUUUCAUAAGAUAAAUGAUUACAAAGA